AUGGCUGCAGAUCGUGUGUAUGUUGCUGAUUCAAAGGCUGUUACCCACCGCCUUCCCAUCAAAGAUAUCUUUGACAGGCUACCGCAUCGGAACAAGCUGUACGCACAUCAUCUGGGGAAAGCAGCGUGGUCCGGAGCUCGCAUUAUCCUGCGUCAAACCUCAUCAGAAUCAGAGCCUAUCUUUGACCUCAUCAUCUCGCUCUAUAAUGCCUGUGAGGGAAAGUGGGAGAAGCUCGUCGGUGAAGGCGUGAUCUCGGAGGACGAUCUGGCAUCGUUCUUCGGCUAUGCAGGACUCUUCUUAUACAACCUGGGCAACUUCUAUGGCGAGGGAGGCCAAAAGUUCGUCCCCGGCCUUUCCAGAGAGGGUUUAGAGAAACUCGUGCGAUACACGACAGAUGAACAUUCGCUCGUUCAUACUCUGGUUGAAGGAAUGAUAGGAGCCCCACCAUACCGCACAGGAUACCCAAGUGAUACCACUGUAUCGAACUACUAUCCUGGUGAGCGUAUCACCCGAGACGAAAUUACAGCGAUUGCGAAAUCCCUCGAGAAGCAUGGCAUCGAGCCGGAAAAUACAAGGGUGCGAAAGACCGCGAACGGCGGCGAGCCUAUCUACGAACUGCUCCAAGCAUCCAGUGAGAUGGACAUGUCUCAAUCAAUGUCAGAAGGCUUUGUUGCUGGUACGAACAUACGCAUAGUGCGAGGCGAUCACGCGACCGAGAUGGCUGCCAUAUGUGCACAUCUCGAGGACGCUCUUGACUGGGUAGAGAAUCCAAGGCAAACCCAGAUGCUCAAUUACUACAUCGAAAGCUUCCGAACAGGCAGCCUGUCAGCAUAUCGAGAGUCCCAGAAGGUUUGGGUAAAAGACAUCUCACCAUCCAUCGACCAUAUCCUGGGUUUUGUGGAGUCAUACCGCGACCCUCACGGUCAUCGCGCUGAGUGGGAAGGCGUUGUCUGCGUUGCAGACCCCGACGAGACACGGAAAAUGAAUGCGUUCGUCGAGAAUGCGGCAAAGUUCAGUGCCUUGCUACCCUGGGCAACAGAAGAGAACAAAGGCAAGGGCCCGUUCGAGAAGAACCUGCUGGACAUACCCGACUUCGCCAUCAUCCAUGCUCUUACAGUCUGCUGUCCGUAUGUUUGGGAAGCAUCAAACCUUCCCAAUUACAACGAUAUUCGGGAAGAGUACGGCUCUAAGAACACUCUCAUUACCAAUCGUAUGAGCGCGAACCGCAAAUCUGGGGGUGCAUCGAAGUACCUUCUGCCAGAAGACACAGAACUUUACAAAGAGAACAUGCAUACCGUGAGGUUCGUCGCAACGGUCAUACACGAGCUUCUUGGUCACGGCACGGGAAAGCUACUCAGCGAGACGGAGCCCGGCAAGUUCAACUUCGACGCGACGCACCCUCCGCAGAGCCCUCUCACCGGAAAGACGAUCGAAUCCUGGUAUCUCCCAGGGCAAACAUAUUCCAGCAAGUUUGAAGACAUCGCUCAAACGGUUGAGGAGUGCCGCGCCAUCCUCAUGUCAGCAUACCUCGUAGACAACAAGGAGAUUCUCGAGAUCUUCGGAUAUAACGACAAAAGUACACUUACUGCCGAUGAUCUUAUAUAUAUCUCGUACUUGCACCUCGGCAUCGAGGGUAUACGAUCGUUGGAGCAUUACAAUCCGGGAGAUAAGGCCUGGAGUCAGGCACAUAGCCAAGGAUACUUCGCCAUCUUCAAGCAUCUUCUACUUGAAGGGAACGGAGUUCUUACCGUGCAGUGGGAUGCAAAGACCUCUCACCUUUCAGUGAAAGCAGACCGAAGCAAGAUACUAUCCGACGGAAAGCCUGCGCUAGGUCGUAUGAUGUGCCGUCUCCACGUGUGGCGAUGCACUGCCGACGCAAAGGCAUGUCGAGAAUUCUACGAGCCUCUGACUUCAGUGGAGGGUGAGUAUGCCGAAUGGAGAAGUGUAGUGAUUUCAACUCCGGAGCCCAGGUGGAAGUUUGUGCAGGCUAACACCUUCUUGAUGGAUGGCGAGGUCACAGUCAAGGAGUACGAGGAAAGCGACAAGGGUAUCAUACAAUCUUGGGUUGAGAGACAGAUCUGA